AAUGGCCAGGAAUCCUGGGAGCUGUAGUCCAAGCAACAUCUGACGACCCGCAGGAUUCCCCAGCCCUGUUCUUGCCCGAAAAAGCUCACAGAAGAGCAGCCCAGGCCUGUUUGGAAAAGGUUAAAUCUACCGAGUGCAACCGCGAUUCCUAGCAACGCCGGGCAAUGUCAGGAGGGAAGUAUCAGGAAUUGCGAAGCCACUUCCUCCCCCCCCUCUCCACAAACCCCACUUUCUAAGAGAGCCCUGGUGGGAAACUGGCUUUUUUAAAAAAAAUGAAAUAAAAUAUAAGAAUAUAAUUUCUCAGGCUGCUGAGAGUGAGUCUGGAUCAGAAGUGCUCUUAUUCAUGGGCCAUGCACAGCGCAGAUGCAUUGCUAAGCCAGCCAAGGAGAGGACAAGCCCAUCUUCCUACUUGAGAACCGGACGGGAGACCCUUGAUUGUGACUCCAAGAGAAGCCCCUUAUCUCGAGAGGGUUAAGACAUCGGAGGCUGUCCCGCGUUGGAAGCGGGAGACUGGAAUAGUUUGAAAGACAAGCAGGGGGACGCAGCUAGCUGCAGGCACCCCUGAGCCUCUGAAAAUGGAGGAGCAGGACAUGGCCGGCUCCAAAUUGUGGCAGGGGAUGCAGGGGGAAGGAAAGAGAGUCCCGCAAGUGGUCCAUGUGGGGAGCAUCGGGACCUUCGUGAGCAAGGAUCUCCCACCACAGAUCAAGCGGGAGCCAGAGGAGGGGCUGCAGCAGCAGCACUGGGAGACCCAGUGGCAGCAGUUCUUGCAGAGCGUGCAGGCCCCAGACUCCAGGUCGCAGCCUCAUCCUGUCUCUGGGGAGGAGGCCAAGGAGAUCCAGGCCUCAUUCCAAGGUGUCACCAAUGCCGCGCAGUGGCCGAGGGGUGGCUGGGUCACCCAGGCUGUGCCGGGCCUCGGCAGGGAAGCCCAGAAGGUCUACCGAAGCCUGGACUCCUUUGUGAAGGUGAAGGAAGAGGCCGCGAGCGAGGGGGCCCUGCGGCCAGAGACACGGCGCCAGCGCUUCCGCCACUUCUGCUACCAGGAGGCCAAAGGGCCCCGCGAGGUUUGCCAAAGGCUCCGGGAGCUGUGCUGCCAGUGGCUGAAACCGGAGAGGCAGACCAAGGAGCAGAUCCUGGAGCUGCUGAUCCUGGAGCAGUUCCUGAUCAUCCUGCCCCUGGAGAUGCAGAGCUGGGUACGCGAGAGCGAGCCAGAGAGCUGCGCCCAGGCAGUGGCCCUGGCAGAAGGCUUCCUGAUGGGGCGGCAAAACGGCAAGAGAUGCGGGCAGCAGCUGCCAGCACCUUUUGCAGAGGUGGCUGUGAAUUCCUCCAAAGUGGACCAGAUCCUGUCCGACACUUGGAACAGGCAGCUCUGCAGAAUAGCCAAGCAGGAUCAGAACAAGGAGGAAAACCAACUCAGUAAUGCCAACGAGCAGGUGGGAGAUAACCUUCAUCGCCAGGAAGGCUCCGACCAGGUGGAGCCGCACGAUGCAUCCAUGAGAAUCGGCUUGGUCUUCCAGAAUUACGAGGAGGGAACUGUGUUGUUGGGUCAGAAGGCGCUGGCAGGCAAACAGGACCCCGAAAGUAGAACGGGUGGAGCUGUAGCCUGUUGGGAAGGCGGCUUCCGCGGGAAGGAACCCAAAGCCCAAAAUUGUGUGGAGGCGAAACCGCACAGCAACACCAACGGAAGCUUCCGGCCAAGCCAAGGCGUCCUUAAGCAGGAAGCAGUCUCCAGGGACGAGAAACUGUUCAAGUCCUCGGCCUUUCCUCCGAGCCCAGACCUCCUCGUCCCCCACGAGAGGAGCCACGUGGGGGACAGGCGAUAUAAAUGCUCUGAGUGUGGGAAGAGUUUCAACCAGAAGCGGUACCUGGCGGGGCACCGGAGAAUCCACCGAGGGGAGACCCCAUACAAAUGCUCAGACUGCGGGAGGAGCUUCAACCGGAAGUGGAACCUCAUUGCUCACAAGAGGAUCCACUCGGGGGAGAACCCGUACAAGUGCUCGGACUGCGGGAAAACAUUCAGCCAGAAGGGUAACCUUAUGACCCACGUGAGGAUCCACACGGGGGAGAAGCCCUACAAGUGCGCCGAGUGCGGGAAGCGCUUCAGCCAGAGGGCGGGCCUCACCUCGCACAGGAAGAGCCACAUAAAAAUCAACAGCGUAGGGAAAGCCACCUUGGGGUAUCUGAUUUUCCUAAACCUCAGUGAAUCUGGGCAAGAGGGGAGCCCUGUAGAAGCUUAGGAGUUGGGCGGGAAGCUCCGUGCAGAGCUCGAAAUCAUUCUUUGUCCGGGGAAAAGGAAAGGAAGGAGGAAACCCUUAGAAUUCCCAACUGUGAUAGAAACAGGCUGCAGACGCGUAGGAUUGAGAAGAAGUUCUGUAAAUGCUGUGACUGAAUGACACUGGGACAGAACUAUCACUCGCAGCUCAUCAAACGGCAGGCUGUGUGGCACGAGACUCUUAAUUGUAGGUUCGAACUGCUUGUUGGGCAAAGGGUUCUUGCAUUGCCAGGGGUUGGACUAAAUGACCCAUGUGGUCCUUUCUGACUCUACAAUCCUAUGAAAAGUAUUCUGGGCUAUAUGGGAAGGGCUGCAUCUCAGUGGUAGAGCAUGUGCGUUCAAUUUCUGACAUCUCCAGUUAGUGUCAACGAUGCUAAGCUCGAUGGACCAGUGGUCUGCCACAGAAUGAGGCAGCGUCCUUUGUUGAAGCAGCUCUCGUUUAGAAGGACUGGGAUCUCACUUAGUCUUUAAUAGACCAAAACUCAGAGGUAGAGCAUCUGUUUUUACAUGCAGAAGGUCUAAGGCUCGAUCUCCGGCCUCUCCAGGUAGGGCAUUCAUCUGCAGAACCAAUGCUCAGUAAAGGCCAGACGUAGUCUGACCUCCGUGUAAGCGUUCUGCAAGCAAAAUGGAAUGAAUGCUGAAGAAACAGGUUGCCUGGAGGAGCCCAGGUCUGACCAGGGUUUACGUGGGUGGAGAUGGGCAGCUAAACUCGGUGGUCCUGUGGACUUUGCUGCAGAACAGCAUGUCUUAAAGGCACACCAACAGGCUGCUUCAAAAGUUGACAGUUGUAGUUUAUGGCCCUGAGGGUCUUGAUUCAGCAUCAGUAGGCUCUGGGUAGGGGAUACAGAGGUACUUUGGUUCUUGAACUUAAUCCAUUCCGGGAGUCCAUUCGACUGCUGAAACCGUUUGAAAACCAAGGCACAGUUUCCAAUUGGCUGCAGGAGCUUCCUGCACUCAAGCGGAAGCCACAUUGGAUGUUCAGCUCACGAAAAACUUUCACAAACUUCCGGGCUUGCGGUGUUUGGGAGCCGAUUUGUUCGGGAGCAAAGCUGUUCAGGAACCAAGGUACCAUCGUAUUCUUCCGCAAGCCAGCUGCUAUGUUUUCUGCAAGGCAUUAACGUAGUCGAGGGCACCCUUGGAAUCUUUAGGCACCCCACACAAUUAUUCUCUAGGUUGCCUCCAUGGUGCAACCGGCGCAGACCAUUUGUUUGUGUUGCAUUCAAAAUGAUUUUCGUUUUUGAUAAAAAAAUUAAAAGCCAGAGCACAGCUUCAAAAGGUUAGUGGGAAAUUGUUUGGCUUUUUUAAAGAACCACCUUCUAGAAUCCAGUGUUUUCGGAUUGUAGUUAUACGUACCAAAUAAUUACAAAAACAAUCUAUGCAGACCAUGAGAGGGUUCCAUGCGAUUAAUGCGUCACAACAUUCACCAGCUUGAGGCUGUCCAUCUCUCAUCAGCCCCAGCUGUAGUCCAGAACAUCUCAAAGGUGCCUGGUUGAAGAAGACUGACACACUGAACAGAUUAGACUGUCCUCUGUGCUUUGCCUUCCCAGCCUCCAAAACUCACUUUCCCCCCAGAGCUUCACACCAUUCCUGUUCCCUUGGCCCCAAGCUAUAAUUUUCUUACAGCCCAGCCGACAUCCUGUUCAUCAUCUCAGCAGAAGUUUGCUUAUUGCCAACGUUCUGUGGCUGGUCAGUCCCCCUCUGUGACCUCACAGGGGCUCAGCCAAUGGCUGCAAAGAGGGAACGGGCACCAAAAAAGCAAAAUGGGACACUGGGGGAGGGAAUAAUAAAACCCCAGGAAGAUGCUUUAAAAAUGAGCAACGUUUUACUUAAUUGGGAAAGGGCACAACAAAGAAAGGGAAAAAAACCUCAGUGUUAUAAAGCUUAACUCUCAAAAGUUUGCUCACAUUGCAAUAAAAUUUGUUUGCCUCUUUG